GGGAGUUCAGCAGCUCCGGUCGCCAAGGCAACGCGCUCCGCUGCGCGCUGCGGGCGCCAAGCAGCCCGGCGGAGGCGCUGCGGGCCAGCGGCCCGGGCUCGGCUAGGCGGCGGGACGGCAGCCCAGGUACAGAACAUUUCCAUCAUCGCAGAAACUUCUAUUGGACAGCCCUGCUCCGCAGCACCAGCACCCUGCAGUUCUCGCCCAACUUGACCCAGACUGCCUGUGUUUGAAUUCUUACUCUGCCAUUUACUAGUUGUGUGACUUCAGAGACGCGGAGAGGGAGAGCGGGCAAGAAAGAAUCCAGACUGCACCGCUGGCCUGGUCUGCUAAUCUCGCUAACCCUCAAAAGGGAGGUGUUUGAAUCCUGGUUUCUUAAAUUCUCCCUUCGCUUGUGACUGAGAAGCCCUGGACUUCGGAGAACUCCUUGCUCUUAAUUUCCACACUGAUUAGUCAACAGUGGAAAAUCUGAAGAGAUGCGAGUAGGAAAAAGAAACUAAACCAGGUCUGAGGAGCGAUGCGACAGGCAUGAUGGAGGUUGAGUCCUCCUACUCGGACUUCAUUUCCUGUGACCGGACAGGGCGUCGGAACGCGGUUCCUGACAUCCAGGGGGACUCUGAGGCUGUGAGCGUGAGGAAGCUGGCUGGAGACAUGGGCGAGCUGACACUUGAAGGGGCAGAAGGGCAGACAGAGGUGGGCACCCCAGACAAGGAAGCUAGCAACCAGCCUGAGAGCAGCGAUGGAACCACCUCGUCUUGAGUCUGACCUUGCCCAUGGAGGAUGGAAAAGAGACCUGCUGUCCUCGCCUGGACAGGGAGCCCUGGCACUGGCCUGGCAGCCUCUACUCUGAGCCCCUGUCCCAGGCAAGCCAGGCCAGAGUGAAAAGGCACCCUCAGAGGCCACCGUGGCCCCUACCCUGGGAAAGCCCUCCACCUGCACCCUCAGGCUCCACUCGCCCACCACCUCCUCACUGUGCCCAGGUACACUUCCAGGACCCGGUAGCUGGGGGGCAGUGUUUAUUCAGUGGGUACCUGGGUGAGCGGCCCCCCCAAGAACGCACCUCCAUAGGUGGCCUGGGCAGCAACCACAGCCCAGCCCUGCCCCCAUUCCCUCUAAGCCCAACCUCUGGGUCAAGAUCUUCAUAUCCCCUUUUUUAAAAACACUUUUAAACUUUUUAAAAACUUUAAACUUUUUUUCAGCAGAGGAGGAGGGAGCUGUGGUUUUGUGUUUUUGUUGUUUUUUGGUUUUGGGGGGUUUUUUUGGUUUUUUUGGAAGGCAUUAUUAUAAGCUAAACUGACCAUCUAUGCAGCUCUGCGUCCCCUCACAGAGCUCCACAGAUCCAUUUCUAGGGAAGGGGUUUUGUGCUCAAAACUGAUCAACUCUUUGCCCUUUCUACCAAGAUAAGUGACACCUAGGACCCAGGAAAUAAAUGCUGAUGAUUUGUGUGACUGGUU